AUGGACUUCACCUAUACGCCAAGUUCGCCGUCGUCGUCUAGAGGAACCUCUAUCUCUGUUGCAACUCCAAACGAAGCGGCCGUCAUUCGUCGUAUCGAAAAUGGAGAAUACGUGGACGAACAGGAAACAGAUGACGAUACUCACAGCCUGACGUCUAGCAUUCGGCAACAUAUUGUGGAUGGAGGACUGAGGUAUCAUGCGUACCAUGCAGGCCAAUAUGCCUUCCCCAAUGAUGAGAAUGAGCAGGCCCGUGAUAACCUCAAACAUGUCUUGACAUUGCAUCUUUGCGAGGGAAAAUAUUUCUAUGCUCCUAUACAAGAGCUUCUUCAGAGAGGCGCCUAUAUUCUCGAUUUGGGCACCGGGACAGGCUCAUGGUGUGUUGAGAUGGGGGAUUUGUACCCCAGAUCAACCUUUGACGGCAUGGACCUGUCCCCAAUCCAGCCUGAUUGGGUACCCGAGAAUGUAUCAUUUAUGGUUGACGACAUUGAACAUACGGCGGGGUGGACAUAUGGAGAGAACGAGCUUGACUAUGUUCAUAUACGUCACUUGGUACAUUCGAUUAAGGACCGGAGGGAAAUGUGGAAGCGUGUUUACAGUCAUCUGAAACCAGGGGGAUACGUUGAGGUGCAAGAAUUCAUGUAUGCGGCUGCCUGCGAUGACAAUUCUUGCGACGGCCCUUACGCAUGGCGGGAUUUCCUGGACUAUCUGGCUGCUGGGCUGGAGGCUCUGGGAUCAGACCUGCACGCAGUACAACAUGUUGAGAGAGAGCUUCUCGAAGCAGGAUUCGAGGACCUCCACUACGAAGACUUAAAAUGCCCCCUUGGUCCCUGGGCACGAAAGUUACGUCUCCAAGAAUGUGGCCAUCUGCUACGAGAUGUAGUAAUGUGUGGUUUGGAAGGGCUAUCACGCCGGCCAUUCAGAGACGGCCUGAGAUGGACGCAGACCCAAAUUCAAAUGUUCUUGAUUGACGUACGAAAGGAUGUGAAUCGGGUUGAAAAUGGUCUACCACCUUUUCAUAGCUACUUCCCCUUUCGAAGCAUUUAUGCGCGAAAACCAACUAUCAAUUGA